GGCUUAUCCUCUUUCCCAGGUCUUCCAGAAAUAUAACAGCCGAUUUUCCCUUUGGUUAAAGGUCAACAACGCACUGUUUUGAUUCCCUUCCGCCUUGGUUCAUUUUCUUGCAACCUGUGCUGUUCCUAUUGCUGUGCUAGCUAGCUUGAGUUUGACCCUUGACGCCUCCUCCACUUGGGCCAGAACCCCUUUUUUUCUUCAUUCCUCCUCCAUUUCUUCCCCCUUUAUACAAUAUUUGCCAGGCUGGUACAGUUAUAGCACUUGUUGAACUACCUUGCUACUAAAACCUCACUUAAGGCUCCAACGGAAUCACUUGGUUUUGGUUGUAAAACCUAUACAGCAUUUAAAGUACUCACCAUAUGUCUCGCUCACCCUAUGACUCGAUGACGUUUGGGAACACGCUCUCCCUCCGCGUGGAUUCCGCAGUGAGUGCGAUAAGUCUCAGUCCCAACGGGCGUGACGCAGUCCUUGCGGGACGUAAAGGCUUGUACGUGGUUGAUAUGGAUGACCCGUUCUCGGCGCCGCGCUGGAUUCAGCAUGCGACAUCGUGGGAGGUUGCGGACGUGCAGUGGUCACGACAUGCGGCAAAGCCGUCGUGGGUAGUGUCGACGUCGAAUCAGAAAGCAAUGGUAUGGAACCUUGCGCGGUCAUCGUCGCGCGCCCUCGAACACGUGCUCCACCGCCAUGUGCGUGCAAUCACAGACAUUAACUUCCACCCCACGGACCCCGAGAUCCUUGCGACUUGUUCCGUCGACACGUUUACAUUCGUGUGGGAUAUGCGCGCACCGCGUAAACCGUGCCACCUGUUUCCAGACUGGCGCACGGCUGCGACGCAGGUCAAAUGGAGCUAUGCGGACCCACAUGUGCUCGCGUCAUCGCACGAGAACUACUUCUACAUCUGGGACACGCGCAAGGGCGCGAAGCCGUUGCACACGGUGCAGGCGCACACGGCCAAGAUCAACGGGCUCGAUUUCAGUAAGACCAGCGCAUCGCAGCUUAUCUCGUGCUCUAAUGACAUGACUGUCAAAAUCUGGGACUACGAGACGAGUAUUGAGAAGCCUGCACACGUAAUUCGCACGGAGUUCCCGGUGGCGCGCGCGCGCUACCUCCCGUUUGGUGACGAUGGGUGCGGAAUUCUGCCACUCAGCGGAGGUAGCAACGCCGUCUAUAUCGCGAACUACCGCGACAGCGCGGACGCGGCAAUGAAGCCGACAUACGUGUUCAAGGGUCAUAGCAUGCCCGUACGUGACUUUCUCUGGCGUGAGCGCUACGCGGCGUAUCCCGCAACGGACGACCGCGAGUUCCAGCUCGUGACCUGGGCGAAAGACCGCGACUUGCGGUUGUGGAAGACCAACGACGAGUUGUAUGCGCGCACCGGCUUGGUCCGCAACAACACGUUUGUUGACUUGUUCGACGAGAACCCGCACCCGCACGACCCCAAGGAGGCUCCCUACAGCUACGACACGUUCAGCGUGGAGCCCUCGACUGAGGGGGUUUUUAGAAACCGCAAGUAUCUGUUUGUGUCCAAGGGUAGUGCGAAUAAGUUCAGCCAUCUUGACUGGAUCUCUGGGGUGCGCAUUGGGUCGGGUAAUGCCGGGACGAACUUUUUUGAUCACCAGCCGGCGAACCUCGGCGAGGAGGUCAGUUUAGUGGGCCACAAGUUCCCGAAAAUCCGCUUUGAGAAGAUCUCUGUCUCAACGGGGCGCCUUGUGGUGUCGCUCAAUGGUGCAUGGAGUGGCCUGGAUGAAGAGAGCGACUUGCUCUUCAUCCGAGUGGAGAUUGACUUUCCGCCAGAGUACCCGGCGCUCUCUCCGCGAUUCGCGGUCGAGCAGAGUCAUGAACUUUCGGCGGCUGUGCAGCACGAAAUGGCGCUGGAGUUGGCACGUGUUGCAGACACAUAUGCGGAGCGCAGCCGGUUCUCGCUCGAAGCUUGUCUCCGCUGCCUCAUGGGUGAGAAGCUUAACUUGGAGGAGUUUACGGACGAUGAGUUAGCCAUGGGCGUAUUGGAGGACGCAUAUGACUAUGCGGCGUCAAGCGCGGUCUCAGACGAGGAGGAGGAAGAUGAUGAGGAGGAGUUAGUGCCGUUAGUAUCGAUCACCGCGCGCGGUACAAGAUCUGCGCCUACCGGCCGCUUUGACAGUACUCCUGUACCCAAGGGCUGUGGUGCCGUGUGGACGCGUGACGGUGGCUUGCUCUGUUUCUUUGUGUCGAAGGUGAGCAAAGAGAAGAAUGUGUUGAAAUUUGACUCGCAAGGGUUUGGCAUCAAGGCCAAGGGCGCUCUGGCCAACCUUCUGACCGAUUCACUUUCGUCUGCGUCGUCUGCAUCGUCUGACAGCUUCGAUGAAGAUUGGAACGAUAUCCUUGUAAAGGACGGGCCCAAGCGUGCACUUAUGCCCGGUUUGUGGAACCGUGGACUCAAGGAUUAUGGUGAUUUCCGUAGCAAGCGCCCGGGCUCUCUUCCGACUGAACGCUCUCUUGGGACUACCACAUCCAGCAAGAACACUGUGCGCAUCUUCGACUAUAGCCACCUCAUCCCAGACAAGAUCGCAUUAGCGCGUGAGUACCGUAUCCUAGGCGAUAGCCCGGAGGUGUUGGCGCGCUACAAUGCGGAGGUGGCGCGUGCUCACGGUUUUUUGGAUAUUGCCGACUGUUGGCGUGUUGUAGCUGUGUUACUCACCAAGGAUGUGGACAACACCCCUGAUGGGCUACUCAACUUGCAUCCUAACAAGGCAUUCCCCGAGAUUCUCAAGCACGCGCACCCUGACAGCCUCCGCUUCUUCUGGGGCGGCCAUCCGUUUGGGCGCAACUGGCUUGUGCGCGAAAUUUUUCGCUACUACGAGCGCCUAGGAAACGUCCAGAUGUUAGCGAUGUUGUCGUGCGUGUUGUACGAAAAUGCCGAGACCAUCUUCGACCCUAGUAUCCCCAUUAGCGUACCGUUUAAGAAGCCGGUUUCGCUUCUGGUAGAGCGCACUACGGUUGUGGCUGUGAAAGCGACUCCCGCACCGCGCUUCAAUUCACUCUCGGGCUCCGUCUCUUCCUAUGCUAGCAGUGUCAAGUCUGGGUCGCCCGAGCGCUUUAGCCGCUCGCGCAAGCAUAUCUCCAGUGCGCAGUCGUUCGUAGACCCCUUUGCGCUGUUCUCGCCAAUCAAGAAAGAAGGCAUCACCAGCGUGUUAAUGGGCCGCACCAUGUCCGAUUCGCACGCCAGGGAUGGCCACUCUUCCCACAGAAACGAUUCCAGACACGAUCUCCACAUCCCCAAAACAGCGUCUGAGACUUCUCGUUGGCCCGAAAAAAAGCGCAGCGUGGUGCACACGGUACUGAUCCAGAUGCUCAAUGAGACAGUGUUGGAUGUAUACGAUACCAUGUACAUCUCGAACUUAUUGGACGCAAAGUAUGAGGAUCGCUACACUUACUACCGUGAGGAGUACUCAGACCUCUUGUAUGCGUGGGGUUUGCCAUCUAGUCGUGUCCAGGUGCUUAAAUUCAACUACACGUCUGCAAUGGCGUCCUCUGAUGAUACCCACAAGUGCGGUAUUGGCCUGGUCGCUCCGCUAGCCAAACUUCAGGACUGCCACUACUGCGGCUUGCGGAUCCGUAAGAGUGUGUUCGUCUGCAAUGUCUGCGAACAUGUAUUGCACGCGAGCUGUGCCACCGAGUGGUGGGACGGGGAAAGGGAGUGUCCCAGCGGUUGUGGCUGUCUCUGUCUCGAGAAAAUGCUGUGAGUAGGAUGAUCUGCAUCUAAGGUGAAUGUGAUUGAAGAUAGUGAAAGUGGAUAAGUGACAUAGUAAUAAUUAGUUGAAGAAAUGCAGAACAUCAGACAGAUAAAAUGUAGCCUGAGCAGAAUAUGAACGAAUGAACUAGUAGAAG